GCAGAAGUUAACAACGAGGAGUCCAUUGGCGAUUUCCUACGUGUCCUUGGACUGACCUGGCCGAAGCGCUCCCACUCAAGUGCCUUCGAGUUCGAUAAUGCACAUUCUGAGCAACGAAUACGCGGCCAGCUACAUACCCGAGUACAUGAACUACAGCAGCGCAGACCUGAGAAGGGCCGUGAAUCGCCACCUGCCUGACCGAUCACAGGAAUGGUCACCGGACAUGUUGGUGUGCCUGCAGCUCGAGCAGUUCUCCCGCUUCCUCGACGAGCUACGCAGUCCGGAGAAAGCCGCUAGCUUAAAGCUUUACCUGGGCGCGUACCUGGUCUUUAAAAUGAUGACGUUUGCAUCACGACACUUAACGUACGCUAUGAUGAAAGCAGAAGGCAUGAUUUCCCAAAUGGACCGGUACUUGAGGGCGCAGUGCACGGACCUGAUCGACACUGCCUUGCCCCUGUCUGCCCGGAAGUUCCAGCAGGACAAGAUUGAUAGCGCAUCGCGACUUGCCAUCUUCAACAUCUACGCCCGCGUGCUCCGAGCGCUCGUGGACGUCGUCGCCGGCCACGACACCGAUAUCGCCUCCAGUAUAGCCGAAUAUGCACAAACACUAUCCCUCGGUGCCUUCAACUUGACCAUCAGGCAAGAGCAGCUGGAGGCGCUCUACGCGUUCGUACCUCAGCUAAAAAUUGAAAAACUGCGGUCAUUUUUGGACCUGUACACCACGGCGAUGAACUCUACACUAACGGUGCUUAAGGAUUCCACCAACGUCCUCAGGGGGAACCUCGCGCAUGUUCCACACUUGGCCACCAAUCCCGUCUACCGUCUUCUAGUCGCACGCGAGAUAGCGAUCCCGCCGUAUGCGUUAUUGUGGCCCGUGUUCCACCGCGAAUAUCCCGCAGCAGUGAACAUGGGGUUGCUUGGAACUUUCAUCGCCCGAGGUCUGGUGGACAUGGUGUAUUACAUGUUCUUCCAGGAUAAGGACUUCCAACACCUGCCUCUGGCCCAGGUGAAGUUCCCACCUGCGCUGCUGGACUUCAUCGAACGCCUUAGGCUAAGUCUCAAAUACAGCCUUAAGAGUUUAAAAAACGGCACAGCGUCGAGGAUGGAGGUCGAGGAGCUGAUCAAGGAAGUCAUCGCGGGACACCUGGUGAGCAGAGCUCUUGCCACGGUGUCGUCGUCGAAGCCCACCGCGUACUUCUCAGCGCUGCCCGCAGAACGGCUCUUGUACAUGGCCACCUGCUUCAGAUACUGCCAAAUGACACCGAAAUUGAGAAGCUUCGCCGCCUGCAACGUGGUUGUGCCGCACCUUCCCGGGUUUGCGCGGGCGUUCGGCUGUAACAUUACGUCGGGCUCCGCGUUCUCCUUGGGUGACAUUCCUGAAGCAGCGCCGAAGAACGAGGACGUUGCGCGCCGCACUACUGAAUAUGUGACGGUUUAAUACUCCUAUCCGAAGACCAGAUGGAACAGGAGUUGAUCCUUGUUUUUAUACGUUCUGUUGUUCAAUCCACCUCUCUAUUUAGUUGGU